CGGCGUCUGUGCGCGCGGCCUGGCGGCGCCCGCGUGUCCCCGUUCCCCGCGGCGUGUUCGACGCGAGAGGCGCAGCCGGUGGCCUGGGUGUCUGGGUGUUGCGGCCGCUCGGGGGCUGGCUGCCCCCUAACCCUGCCGGGAUCCCCGGAGCGUGUCGGCCUUCUGAGAAGCGUGGCGAGGUCCCCGACCUGCGGCCGUUCUCAGGCGAGGGCCGAGGAGGAAGCCCGGUGCGCGGCAGGAAUGGGCGCGGGGGUGCCGCCUCCGGAUGAUACCGAGAACUGGGGUCUCUCUGUUCAGAUCAAGAUUGGGAACCCAUGCCACGCUCAUCUGCUCAACUGAGAAAGGCGUCACCAUGCCAGAUAAAGGGAAACGAGGCAAAGGCCGGCGCGCAGCCCGCGGGACCAAGCAGAAGAAGCCGGAAGUGGACAUUCUCAGCCCCGCGGCGAUGCUGAACCUCUACUACAUCGCGCACAAUGUCGCCCACUGCCUGCACAUGCGGGGCUUCCUCUGGCCGGGAGCCCCCAAGUCCAAGAAAGGGAAAAAGAAGACUUAAGGUGCCAGCGUUUCACAGCAUCUCUAUUACGGAGAACAGAACUAGGGGAAGAGAAAUGGGUAAUACAACUGUCUGUAAGCAAAGGAGACGUCACUGAAGGCAACUUGAGAUGCAGAAGCGUUUCUGUGGCAGUUAAUGAGAAAGUCACGCAUUUUUCACUUCCUUAGGCCAACGCAGCCAUGGUUAGCCACUUUGGUUUUUUGGAAGAUAAGGGAGGAAAACACAGUAAUGCCUGCACAGUGUGGUGGAAUGGAUAGAACUUUAAAGAAAUGAUAACCCUGGGUCAGAAUUAAACCUUGCUCUCGAAAGACAAUUAAUUCUAGCUUGCAGGAGUUUUCUUUUGCCAAAGGGGCUUUGUUAUUUAGAGAAGACACGGGCAAAAAGCACAGCAUUUGCUUAAUGAACAUCCCUCUCUUGGGCACUGUUUCCUUUUCCUGUCCUUUUCAGAAAAAAUAAUAAAUAUUUUGUUUCUAUAAUUUUCUUCUCAGCAGUCUGCCUCUUGCCUUAUUCUAAUUGGCCACAGACACUAGUGGAAACUAAGAUUGUCUCUACAGCUUAGACCUUGUUAGGGCCUAUAAACAAGUGAUUCAAAGGAGCCCACAGUGUUCAGUGGUUGGGGUGCAGGGAGAAGGGAACCAACCAGCCUCAUCCCUCUCUUCCUUCUAUUUCACCUGACUCUUCUUCCCCCCUUUUCUGCACUUUUACAUCUUCUGCCCAGCUUCUGCAGGCUUUCUUUUCAACUUGGCUGGUUAUGGAAUUGGUGCCAGAAAUUUGCCAUGUGAAUUCUGCUGAUAUUACAGGACCUCCCUAGCCUGGGCGGAGACACUUAAGAGAUAAAGCCGCAGAUCUUUCUCCUCUUGG